GUCUCCCGCCUGCGCCUGCAGGCCGCGCUGGGCUCGGACAAGCUGCGCUGCCAGCAGUGCGACAAGGACGCGGUGAGCUUGUACGAGCUGCUGCAGGCGCUGCGGCUGGUGUGCGGCACGCUGAGCGGCCUGCCGAGCGGGCGCCUGGCGGCGCCCGCGCCCGUGAUGGAGGCCGUCGCGGGCGCCCUGGCUGGAGUGGCGCAUGUG